AUGGGCAGCUUGGGCAGCCAGGAUCACUUCCCACCUGCAUCGUCUUUUCUGAAGAAGCAGCUGGUGAGGAGGCCAGGAUACAUGAGAACUGCAGCCCGGCCUCAGAUUGGGUUUCUUCCUCCUGCAGUGGGCACACCGCUCCAUGCCCAGGGCACAUCCAAAGCUGUCUCCCCACUGCCUGACAGACCCUGUAGCCCUGGUCAUGUGGGAUGCCAGAGAGAGUUUUCACCGAUGGACUAUCCUGAGAUACUAGGCCCAGCCCAUGAGGUGGCCUGUGGUGAAGGAACAAGGCAGGUGGACAGCAACAGCUGCAGCCGAAAAAGUCACCCUCUGGUCUCCUCACCUCUCCCUGGCUUUCAUGAUGGCUUUACCUCAAGCUUCAGCUUCAUACAGCUCUCUCUCAGCUCUGCAGGGGAUCGUGGGGAAGCAGAAGGCUGCCCCCCAUCAAGGGAGGCCGAGUCUCCUUGCCAUAGCCCCACAGAGGUGAUAGUCAAAACUUCCAGUCUGGAUAGGCCUCAGGAGGACCCGUGGCUCCUUUCCCAGCCAUUGCAUCCUAAGGCUACUCAGGGCUUGGAGGACUGUGCCUGGGCCACAGGGAGCAGCCCCAGGCCAGAGAGGGAGUCUCUUUCCUCACUGGAUGGGGACUCUGCCCAGUCUUACUCCUUGGCCUUCUUGAUGUCUGCCCCUUUUGGCUCUGAAGGUUGCACCUUGGGGCAUGCUGAUGGCUGGUACCGUCUGCUUAAGAAGUAUGAACCUGCCUUGCAUGACUGCUUGGUGAGCAACCAGAAGCAACUGAAGAUAAAAUCCUUCAGAUUAAAGCUUCAGAGACUUCAAGAAAAAGCUGUUGAGGAUGAUGAUUAUGAUAAAGCUGAGAAGUUGAAACAAAGAUUACAAGACCUGGAGAUGGAGAAAAGCACCCUGCAAUUUCAGCUUCCUUCCCAGCAGCCAGCACUCAGCAGCCUCCUCAAGCAAUUGAGAACACAGAUUCAGGCUGCCUUGUGUUGGGCAACUCAGAAGGCCAUCAGUGAGAACACCCAACCCAUGCUCAGAGUAGAAUCAAAGCUAUUGGAAACUACUGCUCAAGACAGACUCCAUGUGUCAAUCACUAGGCGAGACUGGCUUCUUCAAGAAAAGCAGCAGCUUCAGAAAGAAAUUGAAGCUCUUCAAGCAAGAAUGUCUGUACUGGAAGCAAAAGAUGAACAACUGAGGAGAGAGAUAGAUGAACAGGAGCAGCUGUUGCAGUCGCCUGGCUGUGAAUUGGCCGAGCUGGCAGGCAUGUUGCCCCUGGGUGAGCUGCGGGAGAUGGGCCAGGCUCUGGAUGACACCCUGGCCUCAGCCAAUCAAGUUCUCUUCGUUGUGGAACCACCAGAAGCCAUAAGGAGCCUCCAGGAAAGGAUAAGAGCCCUCAGCUUGUGCCUUAAGGAAAUCACUGCUAAGGUGUGUAUGAAUGAGAGACUCUGCAGGUCUCUGAGGAGGAAAGUUAGUGAUAUUGAAGCCCAACUGCCGACAUUGCUUGAAGCCAAAAUGCUUGCCAUAUCAGGAAGUCAUUUCUGUAUAGCUAAAGACCUCACAGAGGAGACUGGAUCAUUAGCCUCAGAGAAAGAGGAGCUGGAGGGACUCCUCAACAAGCUAUUGGUUCUGAGUUCCAGGAACAUCAGAAAGUUGGAAAGCAUUAAAGAUGACUACCAUAAACUGAGAAGAGAACUGGAGCAUGGGGAAACUGCCUAUGAAACAAGUGUGAUGGGAAAUACUGUGAAGUACAUUGAAAUGCUUGAGGAUAAACUGCACAGCUGCCAGAGUCCACUGCUUGAAAAAGUGUGGGAAGCUGACUUAGAAGCUUGUCGGCUGUUUCUUCAGAGCAUGCAGCUGAAGGAGGCCAGAGACAGUCUGAGUACAGAAGAUGAGAGGCUGAUGAGUAAUAUGGAGGACACUGUCUUUACUGCUGCUAUGGCCAUCCCCUCUACUCCCCUUUCAGAAGAUGGGAAAAAGACAUCUUUACAGGCCGACAAUGAGUGGAAGGCUCAGUGGACCCCCUCUACUCACUGUGCUGGCAGUGAACAGAAAGAGGAGUCUUACAUCCUUUCUGAAGAACUUGGAGAAAAAUGUGAAGCUAUAGGCAAGAAGUUAUUGUACUUAGAAGAUCAGCUUCACACAGCGAUUCAUAGUCAUGAUGAAGAUCUUAUUCAGUCUCUCAGGACCGAGCUGCAGACGGUAAAGGAAACUCUUCAGGCCAUGAUCCUGCAGCUCCAGCCAGCCUGGGAGGUGGGCGAAAAGGGAGCAUCAUCUUGUGUCACAGCUGGUGUAGGAGGCGCCGGCCUGAGGCUGUUUAAAAUCUUUUCUGGUUCAGAGCCUGUAGAAAGGGAGCCUAACACUAAUCUCCCCUACUGUACCUGUUACACUGUCCUGGAAGCACAUGAUUAA